AAAGUAUUGAAACUAGAACACGGCUCUCUGCUGCUAACAUGGAGGGAAAAAAGACUCUUCUAGAGCUUCAAAAUUACAUUGGUGGGACAUUUGUUCCAAGUAAAGCCUACAUCAAUUCAUAUGAUCCUUCCAUAGGUGAAAUCUACUGCAGAGUGCCAGACAGUAGCAAUGAAGAGGUCAAUGCUGCGGUCAGUGCUGCCAAAGCUGCAUUUCCCAUCUGGUCCUCCUGGAGCCCCCAGGAUAGAUCUGCUGUCAUGAAUAAGUUGGCUGACCUUAUUGAGAGCCACAUGGAGGAAUUUGCACAAGCCGAAUCUAAAGACCAAGGCAAAACAGUGACAUUUGCUCGGACUAUAGAUAUACCACGAGCAGCGUACAACUUCCGAUUCUUUGCCUCUUCCAUCCUGCACCAUACUACGGAAUGCACACAGAUGGAUCACCUGAACUGCAUGCAUUACACCGUGCGCACCCCUGUUGGAGUUGCUGGUUUAAUCAGCCCCUGGAAUCUGCCCUUGUACUUGCUGACUUGGAAGAUUGCGCCUGCUAUUGCAAGUGGGAACACAGUUGUGGCAAAACCAAGUGAGAUGACCUCAGUCACAGCAUGGAUGAUGUGCAAGCUCCUGAAUGAAUCAGGUCUCCCACCAGGUGUUGUAAACAUUGUGUUUGGUAUUGGCCCAAGAGCUGGAGAGGCGCUUGUGUGUCACCCCGAUGUGCCCAUUAUCUCCUUUACUGGCAGUACUGUGACUGCCCAACGCAUUAUAGAGAAGAGCGCACCAUACUGCAAGAAAUUAUCAUUGGAACUUGGCGGAAAGAACCCAGCUAUCAUCUUUGAAGAUGCAAACCUAGACGAGUGUAUCAACACCACUGUCAGGUCAAGUUUUUCCAAUCAGGGAGAGAUUUGCCUUUGCACAAGUAGAAUUUAUGUUCAGCGGUCAAUUUAUGAGGAGUUUCUGAAAAGGUUUGUAGACACCACAAGAAAAUGGAAGGUGGGCACCCCCUCUGAUCCUACAGCCAGCAUGGGAGCUUUGAUUAGCCAAAAUCAUUUAGCAAAGGUGAAGAGUUAUGUCAAGAAGGCUUUAGAGGAAGGUGCCACUGUUGUGUGUGGAGAAGGUGUGGAUUCCUUAAACAUCCCACCAGAAAACCAAGGUGGCUAUUUCAUGCUGCCUACAAUUAUCACCGGAUUGAAAGAAGAGUCCUGUUGUAUGCAAGAAGAGAUCUUUGGGCCAGUAACAUGUGUAGUCCCAUUUGAUACAGAAGAAGAAGUUAUUGGAAAAGCCAAUGGAGUAAAAUAUGGCCUGGCAGCGACUAUCUGGACAAGAGACGUGGGACGCACCCACCGUGUCGCUAAGAGAUUGCAAGCUGGUCUUGUGUGGACCAACUGCUGGCUUGUAAGAGACCUUAACCUACCAUUUGGUGGUAUGAAAGCGUCAGGUCUGGGAAGAGAGGGGGCAAAAGAUUCAUAUGAGUUCUUCACUGAAGUGAAGACUGUCACAAUAAAACAUUAAUGUAUUAUUGAUUACCAAGCUGAAUGCUUUUCCAGAAUAAACUGCUCAGAUUGGUUUGGUAUAUACACUGUAUGCGUCAUUUAUUGUAAACAUAAUAUCCAUACGAAUAAAAGAAAGAUUGGCUUGUA